AUGCACACGUUUGUUGCCAGUUACCGCACACCUUCAGCACAACCCGACCCUGGAUCCAUCGCAGCGUUUCCGAGGCACAAUGCGUCUUCUCUUCUGCAGAGCGUCAUUAAUCUGUGUUUGUCUUUGGGACAGAGGAGCGUGACGCAGCAGGGCCCGGUGCUGCUCUGGACAGGACCGCGAUCCCCACAGGGCCCCAGAUACUUACGCUCAUCAGCAGUUUCUCCAAAGCUUUCUGUUGAGGCCUCCACAGCGCCCCCUGGCCCCUGGACCCCCUCCUUCACACAUGCGGACAAGAAGAUGACUAUCACCAGCCGCCAGUCCUUCAAUGUCCUGACGGUCAUUUUCCUCCUGCUCUCCACUGCAGCUUUAUCGGCCCAUUUCCGCGUGUGUGAACCCUACUCCGACCACAAGGGGCGCUAUCACUUCGGCUUCCACUGCCCGCGGCUCUCGGACAACAAGACAUACAUGUUCUGUUGCCAUCACAACAACACGGCCUUCAAGUACUGCUGCAAUGAGACAGAGUUCCAGAUGAUCAUGCAGGUCAACCUCACCACCACCUCCGACGGAUACGGCCACAAUAACUACACGGCGCUGGUGGGAGUGUGGAUCUACGGCUUCUUCGUCAUGGUGCUCCUGGCUCUGGACUUUCUCUACUACUCGGCCAUUAACUACGAGCUCUGCCGGGUGUACCUGGAGAGGUGGGGGCUGGGGGGCAGGUGGCUGAAGAAGGCGCGCAGUCAGUGGCAUCAGUCCAUGCCCGAGGAGAGCGACACCCAGGGGCCCCUGCAGCCUGCGGGCCCCGGACUCUACCAGCACAGACACAGCCUGAGGGGGGAGAGCCACACCCCCACGCUGCUCCCACACAACGCAUCCAACGCAUGGUAA